UGUCCUGGCCAUGGCCGGCCUGUCGGACCUGGAGUUGCGGCGGGAGCUGCAGGCCCUGGGCUUCCAGCCAGGCCCCAUCACCGACACCACUCGGAACGUCUACCGCAACAAGCUGCGCCGCCUGCGGGGCGAGGCCGGGCUGCGCGACGACGAGCGGCUGCGGGAGGAGGCCCGGCCGCGGGGCCCCGAGCGUCAGCGGGAGGAGGCCCGGCUACGCGAGGAAGCGCCGCUGCGCGCUCGGCCCGCCUCGGCCGUCCUGCGGUCGGAGCCCUGGCUGUCCCCGCCACCCCCGAGCGCGGCUUCCGACACCGCAGGGCCUUACGGCAACUUCGGGGCCUCCGCCUCUCCCUGGGCCGCAAGCCGGGGCCUCUCCUACCCGACUCACACCGGGCCCGGGCCGCUGCGGCGCCGCGCCUCGGUCCGGGGCAGCUCCGAGGACGACGAGGAUGCGCGGACGCCCGACAGGGUCGCCCCGGGCCGGGCCCGCCAUUGGUGGGCCCCGUCGUCGGCCUCCGCGCGGCCGCACUCCGCGCUCCUCGGCGCCGACACGCGCCCCGGCCUGAAGGGCUCGCGCACGGGCUCUGCGGGCGCGGUGCGGGCCCGACCCGAGGCGGGCCGGCGGCUGGAGCGCUGCCUGUCUCGGCUCCUGCUCUGGGCCAGCCUGGGGUUGCUGCUCGUCUUCCUGGCCAUCCUCUGGGUGAAGAUGGGCAAGCCCUCGGCGCCGCAGGAGGCGGAGGACAACAUGAAAUUGUUACCGGUGGACUGCGAGAGAAAAACAGAUGAGUUCUGCCAGGCCAAGCAGAAGGCAGCCUUGCUGGAGCUGUUGCAUGAGUUGUACAACUUCCUGGCCAUCCAGGCAGGUAAUUUUGAGUGUGGCAAUCCGGAGAAGCUAAAAAGCAAAUGCAUCCCUGUUCUGGAGGCUCAGGAGUACAUAGCUAAUGUGACCAGCAGUCCCUCUGCGAAGUUUAAGGCCGCGCUGACCUGGAUCCUCAGCAGCAACAAGGACGUGGGCAUCUGGCUGAAAGGGGAAGACCCGUCUGAGCUGGUGACCACGGUGGACAAAGUGGUCUGCCUGGAGUCCGCCCGGCCCCGGAUGGGCGUUGGCUGCCGCCUCAGCCGCGCCCUGCUCACCGCGGUCACCCACGUGCUCAUCUUCUUCUGGUGCCUGGCCUUCCUGUGGGGGCUGCUGAUCCUCCUGAAGUACCGAUGGCGGAAGCUGGAAGAGGAAGAGCAGGCCAUGUAUGAGAUGGUGAAGAAGAUCAUAGACGUGGUUCAGGACCACUAUGUGGACUGGGAACAGGACAUGGAGCGCUACCCAUAUGUGGGCAUCCUCCACGUGCGCGACAGCCUCAUCCCCCCACAGAGCAGGCGGCGCAUGAAGCGAGUGUGGGACCGUGCUGUGGAAUUCCUGGCUUCCAAUGAGUCUCGGAUCCAGACUGAGUCCCACCGAGUAGCCGGGGAGGACAUGCUGGUGUGGAGAUGGACUAAGCCUUCCUCUUUCUCUGACUCAGAGCGAUAGGACAGGGCCUAUUCCAGCCAGCCUGGCCCGGCCACCCAACUGGGGCAAGGACACAGACCUUCGGUGCUCAUUCACACCUGCCUUGAUCGUCCUCCUGGUCUCAGCUCUGGGACAUGUGGGCUUACUUAGGGUAGCCAGGAGACCGGGUGAGCCCCUCAUCUACGUCAGUAUGACUGACAGCAAGGGGAGAAUGGCUUGUUAGAAUGCCCUGGAUAGAAAGCCGGGCAGUGGUUGGAAUCUUGGAGGUCCUGCACACAGCUAGAAGCAGCCAGUUAGGGUGAAGCCCCUCGCUUGGGAGGUGGGUCUGGUGGUGGGCUGGGGCAAAGCUUGGUCUCUGUGCCUUUGCACUGUUUCCAGGGAGCGUAAGGGUGAGGGGAGGAACCCGUCCCAGUCCUGCCUGGGCCUCUGUCCAGAAGGGGAAGAUGUUAGAACUUAGGAGCCGCUGUAGGGGAUAGGACGGAGGCGGCUGGGAUCUGGAAGGCACUGAGGGUCCAGCCGCAGCUGCCUGUGCCUCAGGGCUUCUCACAGGUCAGCAGUGCUGUCUGAGCCAGGGUGGAGCUCGGCCUCUCCCCAGCCUCUUCACCUACUUGAGCAGGCCUCCUGGUGGCUUAGCCAGGAACAGGUAGGAUGCAGCAUCGUGGCUGCACAGUGCCCUCUGCAGACCACAAGGAGCAGUGUGGGCCAUUAGCCCUCUGCUAUGGAGGACCUCCUCCAAAAACACCCAAUGGGGGCCCCUCAUUAGCUGAGGGGUGGCUUUCCAGCGAGCAUGGCCUACAGCCACAGGAGGAUAGUCCCUGGAGGUGAAGUGCAGCUGCCUCCAGAAGACACGGACGCCCCCUUUUGGACCCAUUGCUGUUCUCUGUUUCUUAAUAAAACACGGUCUCCAUUUAGCAUUAUGUGUGUUGCCUUGUGUCUGGGUGGUCAGCAGGACCAGAGGCUGAGCCGGUGCCCGUGGCAAGACCCGUUCUUAUGACCAAGUUCCAGCCAGAAUUCUGACAGCUUUUGUAUUGGGGUUGGAACUGUUGGAAAAAUAAAAUAUUUAUUGAGAUCA